AUGUCUUUUAACGCGAGUGACGCUCGGGAGUUGCGAAAGGCGGCGGGCCGCCGCUUGGCCGCGGCUCUGGGGGCUCUGAGGCACGCUGGGGACCUGUGUCCUGCUGUCUACUCAAGCAGAAAAGCAGUGAAACAGGUGGAAGAGCUGGCGCUGCAGUCUAUGAUCAGGGCCAGAGAGCAGAGCGCGACGGGCGCGUCCUCCAGCGCAGCGGAGGAGACUCGCAGAGCUCUUGGGCAGAUGGACAAUGAGGCUGCUAUCAAUCAAACUGAAUUGCACCUAAGCCUUCAAGGUCGUGAAGAGGAAGAGGAGGAAGAGGAGGAGGAAUCUGAUUCUUGAGAGAAAAAAGUCAGAGAUGGGGCUUUAAUACAGACUCAGGAAUUUCUUCAUUCAUAUAAAAUUCACCAACUGAUUUUCAUUUUGUCUUGUAUAUGGAUAUAUUAUGAACUAUAUGACUCGCAAGGCUCUUGGGAGUCUAGGGGGGUUUAGCUUGAACAUCAGUGUCACAAGCUUGGCACAUCUUAAGAUGUUAAAAAAAAAAAGAAAAUUGGCUGCACAAAUAUGUAGCAUAAUCCGUUCCACAUUUACAACCUAGUGUAGUUUACUACAUCUUUAUAUGUGGAUGGGAGAGGUCAGUAAUCAAGUCAGACUAAUUUAACAUGCACUCUAAAAGCAAUAAUUCACCUCUUCUGAUUUCCUGAUGCUGAAAAAUAAAACCAGGCCAUGGAGGCUGGUUGCUGAACCAAUGAUUAUAUUAUAACCUCAUUUGCUUACACUUGAGAAUUUACGACAGGUGGUGGGAAAAGGUGUGUCCAGGACUGUCUGCAGGCUUUCAGCUGCGGGGGCUCGGUGCCACACAGGUGACUUGUGCUCCCUGUGAGUGUGAUGAGUCAAACAGAGGUGUCUGUGCCCUGGGAGAUGCAGGUGCUGCACUGUUGACCAAAUUCUGAGCGUAAUGAGGCUGCUGCUCCUUGUACCUGCUGGUGCUCUCCCUAAGUACUGUUGGUCUGACUGUAACAGCAAAGGGUUUUCUACUUCUUGCUCUUUCAGUCAGCCUUUUAGUUGUCCACAAAUUGUACAGUAAGAAUUGGUCCCUCUUACUUGUCAUAAGGAACUAAUUUUUUUAGUGUUAUUUUCUUUGACAAUAACUUUGUAAGUCAUUGCAAUGUCACCUUCUUUCAAGUGAUCUUUGAGGAGCAGUAGGAGGCGUUUAACAAGUUAUAAAAUGGAAAGUAAUGCAAAGGCAAGUCCCCUCCCCAGUUUCUGUGCUGGUACAGUAACAGGCUCGUGCUGCUCUUACUGACAGUAUGUUCUUUCUCCUCAUGAAGCGCAGACAGCAUGUGGUGCAGCUGGUUAUUUUAUCUAUUCUUAAAGACUUGUUUUAAAGCACAGAAACCCAAACUCUGUUAAGCUGAUGAAAAGCAAACAAUAAAAGUGAUAUUUGGACUCAG